GUGAUGUGAUCACCGCUAGAAGAUGAUCGACGUUACAGCGGCUGUCCGAUGGGCUCCGCAAUCUGUACAUCCGAGGCAAUUAUUCUUCUAUGCUUGUGCCACCGCAUCUGAUAUCAUUGCAGCAGUGCACCAAAUCGUGCAUUUAUUAAACCAUCUUCAAUUGACUACUGCUUUCGGACAAAGUCUCCAAGGUCCCUUUGUUGAGUCCUGCCAGGCUAAAAUGAGGUGAUCGGCCAACAAAUCAAGGGCCCUUAUCAACGCCUCUUUGUCUCUCCGCAGUUCGUUGCAUGGGCCAUGUCGAUCGACUGCUUCUCCAACUUCUGUCGAGGCUAACUCCGCCCAUAUUUAAAUAGCAGCCUAACCCCUCCUGAAACCCUGAAAUCCUGACUCACUCCCACACACUCUCUCUGUCCUACUGCUGGACUGGUCACGAUUGAUGAUGGUGUCUUCCCUUGCGCCGAUUCUGGUCACUGCAGCUGGUCUUGCGGGGACUGUUGCUGGACAGUAUUUCCCUCCCACGCCUGAAGGGUUAAAGGUGGUUGAUUCGAAGCAUCAUAAAGGUGUAAAAAUUUCCUACAAAGAUCCAGAAAUCUGUGAAACGACACCAGGCGUCAAGUCGUAUUCGGGCUAUGUGCAUCUGCCGCCCGGUACACUGAACGAUGUCGACGUCGACCAGCCAUAUCCCAUUAAUACCUUCUUCUGGUUUUUCGAGUCCCGAAACGACCCCCGCAAUGCACCGUUGUCGAUAUGGAUGAACGGCGGACCGGGCAGUUCCUCGAUGAUCGGGGCGUUACAGGAAUCCGGCCCGUGUCGAGUAAACGGCGAUUCGAACACCACGGAACUGAACCCGUGGUCGUGGAACAACUACGUCAACAUGCUGUAUAUUGACCAGCCGAACCAGGUCGGAUUCAGCUACGACGUCCUGACGAAUGUCACAUAUGACCAGUUAACGGGGAACUGGAGCGUGGCUGGAUUCGACGGUGGUGCUGUGCCGGAGCAAAAUAAUACGUUCUAUGUGGGUACGGCGUCGAGUCAGGAUACCAGGGCGACGGCGAAUAGUACGCAGAACUCGGCGAGAUCGUUAUGGCAUUUUGCGCAGACUUGGUUCUCUGAGUUUCCCGAGUAUAAGCCUCAUGAUGACCGGGUGAGUAUCUGGACUGAGUCUUAUGGCGGACGGUAUGGACCGUCUUUUACUGCUUUCUUUCAGGAGCAGAAUGAGAAGAUUGUCAAUGGGUCUCUUGGCAAGGAUGGGGAUGUGAACUAUAUUCAUCUCGACACUUUGGGGAUUAUCAAUGGCUGCGUGGAUCUCUUGGUUCAGGCGCCGUCUUAUCCCCAGAUUGCGUAUAACAAUACGUAUGGGAUUGAAGCUAUCAACGAGACUAUCUUUGAGGCUGCGAUGAAGAGCUGGAGUCGACCGGGUGGUUGUAAGGACCAGAUCAAGAACUGCCGCGCCCUGGCAGCGGAAGGCGAUCCUCAUAUGUACGGCAACAAUGCAACAGUCAACAAAGUCUGCGAGGUUGCGAGUGACUUUUGCAACCAGUAUGUGGAAGGCCCGUACCCAGAAUUCUCCGGGCGAGGUUACUACGAUAUCGCUCACUUUAACCCGGACCCUUUCCCGCCACCGUUCUUUUCCGGUUUCCUGAACCAGCACUGGGUCCAGGCGGCACUGGGAGUUCCGGUCAACUUCACCGAGGCCUCCUUGGCUGCAAAUAGCGUAUUCUCAGAAACGGGUGACUAUCCAAGGUCCGACGUGCGUGGGUACCUGGAAGAUAUCGGAUACAUUCUCGAUUCCGGGAUCAAGGUGGCCCUGGUCUACGGUGAUCGGGACUACGCCUGUCCCUGGAAUGGAGGCGAGGAGGUCAGUCUGAAGGUGAAAUACGCAGAGUCAGAGAAAUUCCGCUCUGCUGGCUAUACUCCGCUGCAAACCAACGCGUCCUACGUUGGAGGUCAAGUGCGCCAGUACGGAAACUUCUCGUUCACUCGCGUUUACGAAGCGGGCCAUGAGGUGCCUGCGUACCAGCCCGAGACGGCGUAUGAGAUCUUCCACCGUGCCUUGUUUAAUAGGGACAUCGCGACGGGUAAGGUGUCUACCGUGAAGAACAGCACCUAUUCGACUGAAGGGCCGUCCUCGACGUGGCAGUUUAAGAAUGAAGUGCCCGACAGCCCUGCGCCGACCUGCUAUAUCCUCUCCCUGGGGUCACAGUGUACCGAUGACCAGAUCAAGAGUGUGACCAAUGGAACUGCACUAAUCAAGGACUGGAUUGUUGUCGAUGGGAAAUCGUCAUAAUUACAUAGUAACAAGCCUAUGUGUAAAAAUCUAGAAAGAUCUCGAUCGUGUUCAUAACUGAAUGCAAGCCCUUAAGUAAUCUGAACAACGCUGUCAUGUGACCCGUAGGCAGCGGUGGGGCGGGACUACCCCGCAUUAGGCAAGUCGCCGAAUGAACUGGUGAUGCUUCCACUCUCUGACAGCGACGUUCGUUGCCAAAAUACCAGCCAAGUCGCAAAAUAAAAGCCUCACUACCCCUGCAUUCUUGCCUUGCUCCUCAGAUCAGCCUAUAUAUAAUUGCUCUUUCCUCAUCGCCCGUCUACCGCAGAGAAAACACUCAUAGAACCUUCUCGAACUUUCCAUUCGCCGUGGGCUCCAACACAACGUCACACGUCACCUCUGGGCUCAGCUAGCCGGCUUUUGCUUGUCGUCACCUCAGGCAUGGGAUCAUCGUCUGCCACCAACUUCGUUCGCCGGUAUUUCUGACACGCAGGUUUUUUGACUAGGUCAAAUUU